UUUGAAUUCAAGAAAUAUUGUAUCAUUGCUUGAUAAUUCUUGCAUAAAAAUACAGGAGAUAAUUAAGGCGAGAUUAACAAAUAAAAUGUUAUCGCUUAAAUUAGACAUUGCAACUCGGAUGGAUAAAAAUAUUCUUGGAAUAAAUAUUCAGUAUAUAAAGGACUUUAAAAUAUAUAUCAACACUAUAGGUAAGUGUUGCCAAAUUUAUUCCAGUACAACAGAUAAUGGAGCAAAUAUGGUGAAAGUUAGUGAAAUACUCCAAGACAUACAAGAAGAGCAUAUAAACGAGGACUUUAAUCAAGAGGAGUGCAGCAAUAAUGAUGAAAAUAUUCACGCAAUACUAGCAUCGGUAUUAUCUGUUGUGAGAUGCGCUGCAGAUUGGUUAUGUGGCGAGAUAGAGUUAGAGGAAUUAGUAACAAAAACACCAUACGCAUCACAUUUACAUGAAUCAAUGCAAAAAAGGAAACAAAUAUUUAUGGAUAGUGAUGCAUUCCAAGUCGCGCUUUAUCUUGAUCCCCGUUUUAAUUUUGAAAAUUCAACUAUGCUGUCUGAAAAUCAAAAAUCAACAGCUGUGGCGUAUCUCACAGCAACUUUUGAAAGGUUAACAAAAUUGGAGGACUUACGGAAACGAGUGAUGGCAAAUAUAACAGCUAACACCGAAACAAAUCGCACCUUUAAACAAAAGCUCAUAGCACUUGCCAGCCAAAAAGGUGUUCCUCUUGAUACUGACAUUUUAAGCUAUUGGAAAACGUCAAACAAUUAUAAGGAGAUUAAAAAAGUUGCAGCAGUUACAUUAGCUGUUCCAGCUACACAAGUAUCGGUGGAAGGAGCUUUUAGCGCACUUUCUCUAGUUUUAACUAAAUUAAGAUCUAGAUUAAGUAAUAGUACAAUAAACAACUUACUAAUAACUAAAUUAAAUUUUCAAGAGCUUAACUCCAAAAAUAUGUGCUUAAAUAUUUCUGAUAAU